AUGGACAUAAGAAUAGAUAAUGUAAAAUUACAACAGGUGCACUCCUUUAAAUAUCUGGGAUUUAUAUUGGAACCUAACGGCAGAAAUGAAAUACAAAUUUCUGAAAGGGUAGGAAAGGCAAAUAACUUGUACUAUGCGAUGAGUGAAGGUUUUAUCAAUAAAAAGGAUGUGUCCAAGAAAACAAAAAUCACAGUGUAUAAUACAAUAUAUAGAUCUAUAUUGACAUAUAGAUGCGAAUCCUGGGUUCUAGCGCAACAACAAAAAAGUAAACUUCAGGCAGUUGAAAUGAAAUACUUGAGACGAGUUAAAGGGGUAACCAAAAUGGACAAAAUAAGAAACGAGACCAUAAAAACGGAGUUACAGACAGAAUCUAUACUAGAACACAUAGAAAUGAAGCAGCUGAGAUGGUAG